AGGGCUCCUAUUCUGCGCUCAUCCUGUGGCUUAUUAUUCAGUAUUUAUGAAAAUAUUUCAUCACUACACUGUGAAGAGGCUGGAAUACCAUGGGAUUCAAAACUCUCUGUUUGGGGCUGCUUUGUGUUAGCUUUUUAUCUUACAUCUAUACACCCAUACCUGACAACAUUGAAGAAACCUGGAAAGUAAUGGCCUUGGAUGCAGUUGCUAAAACUUGUACACUUAUGGCCCUGUGUCUUGAAAAUAUAGGAGUUCUGAGAUAUGAAGAGUUUAUUUCCAUGAUAAUCAGUUUGGAUUAUACACCACCACAUUCAGACGAGCACAUCACAGUAACUGACACGGCCUUUGUGGGCAUCCCUGUGCGCUUGUACUUACCCAAGAGAAAGUCAGAAGCCCCAAGACGGGCUGUCAUCUAUUUUCACGGCGGAGGAUUUUGUUUCGGAAGUUUCAAGCAGACGGCUUUUGAUUUCCUGAAUAGAUGGACUGCAAAUAAACUUGAUGCUGUUGUUGUAGGAAUGGAUUACAGGCUGGCUCCUCAGCAUCACUUCCCUGCACAAUUUGAAGAUGGUGUCACAGCAGUCAAGUUUUUUCUUCAGGAUAGAAUUCUUAGUAAAUACGGAGUAGAUCCUACCCGGAUUGCUAUUUCAGGCGACAGUUCUGGGGGCACGCUGGCUGCAGCGGUCACACAACAGGUGCAGAUUGAUCCUGAAGUAAAGCAUAAACUCAAGCUGCAGGCCCUACUUUAUCCUGGUUUACAAGUAAUUGAUACUCACUUGCCAUCUCAUCGAGAAAAUGAACAUGGUAUAGUUCUGACAAGGGACAUAGCCAUAAAACUCGUGAGUUUGUUUUUCACCAAGGAUGAGGCACUUCCACGGGCAAUGCGCAAAAACCAGCACAUGCCCCUGGAGUCCAGACAUCUGUUCAGGUUUGUGAACUGGAGUGCUCUUCUUCCUGACAAGUAUAGAAAGGACCACGUGUACACUGAGCCUGUGCUUGGAAGAUCGGGUUUUUCAUUGCCAGCACUGAUGGAUCACAGAGCAUUGCCCUUGUUAGCCAAUGAUGCUCAGCUGCAGCAUUUGCCACGAACAUAUAUUCUUACCUGUCAAUAUGAUGUCCUGAGAGAUGAUGGAAUCAUGUAUGUUUCAAGACUUCAGAAUGUUGGAGUUCAGGUUGUUCACGACCAUGUGGAGGAUGGAAUCCAUGGAGCCUUAUCGUAUAUGACAUCACCGCUUCACUUACAUCUAGGGCUGAGGAUAAAAGAUAUGUAUGUGAGUUGGCUGGAUAAGAAUUUAUAAUUACAGUUUUCCUCAGUAAAAUUUAAUUGUGGAAAUAUUUUAGUUGUGAAAAGAGUAAUAUAAUUUGUGUUGUCUAAAACAACACAAGAUUUGAAUCAAUUAGAGGUUGCUAUGUGCUCUUGAACCUAUUUUUAUAUUUUUUUUUGUUUUUUUAAACUCUGAUCUGUAAAGUGUAGUUAGUAUGUUUCCCCUUUAUUAUAGCUUAUUAUUAUUACAGUGCUCACUAGAGAAGCCUUUGCUUUGGGAAUUUGAG